CGUGGUGUGGUCUGCAAAGGUCGGGAAGCACCACUCGCCUGAGCGGAGCUGGAAACCGCGGGAGCUUCGGCGAGCGGGAACCUCACCCUGCUGUUGAGCGGUGACGAGGGCUGGAAAAGCAGCGUUUGGCCGGAAAAAAAAAAAAAACCACCCCAAAUGUCGGAGUCACAUGCACUAUCUUCAGCUAGCAUAUUGAGCAGCGUCCACGAAUACAAAGCAUCGGAGCGGGAUUCGCUGCUGGGGAAUCCCUACGUGGAGAUUCAACAGGAGGCGGUGGACUGAAAAUAAAGCUCGGAAGAAUCGGAUAUACUAUUAACUUAAGGAGCCCUUAAAAGGAUGAAAAGGCAACACAGUUUGACAGAAUUUUUGAAUAAGAAACCAAAAUCGGAAUCAGUUGUAUCAGAAUUGGCCUUGGAUGGUACAAAACAGUCACAAGCACAACCACUCCAACUUGAAGAAAGCAGCACUUCAAUUGUUGAAAUGAAAAAUGGUAACUCCAAAAUUAAAGAGAUAAAACAAGCUUCUCUAAAGAAAAAACUGAAAACUCAUAAUAUUGAUAAAAAGAACUUAAAACAAUGUGAGCAGGAUUCAAUAACAAAAGGAACAGAUAAGAAUGAAAAAUAUUUACAUACUACUUGUAGGGUAUUUAAUACAGUUUAUUGCCUGGCAAAAAGCUGUAAACCGUUUUCAGACAUAAAAGAAGAGAUAGAAGUGCAAAUUAAAAAUGGAUUAGAUAUGGGAAUAGGAUUACAUUCACGUACAACUGCUGUGAAAGUAGUUGAUUUCAUUGCAAAGGAAAUUAAAAAAGAAAUAUUUACUAAAAUUAUUGAAAAUAAUCUGAAAAUAUGUUUGAUUAUUGACGAAGUCCCAAUGAUUUUGUGCAAACCAGUUGUUAUAGUUUUCUUAAAAGUUGAAGAUUCCGUUACAUCACCAACAAUUUUUGUUGAGCUAGUUGAAUUGGAAAAGCAAGAUGCAGACACAAUAUUUUCUUCAGUUAUGGAAAGUUUAAAUAAUAUUGGGCUUACUAAGAACUACCUUGAAAAAAAUUUAAUAGGAUUUUGCUCUGAUGGUGCCAGCAUUAUGCUUGGGAGAAAAUCUGGAGUGAGCACUAGGAUAGCAAAAGAGUUUCCAAACAUCAUAAUAUGGCACUGUUUAAACCAUCGCCUUCAUCUUGGUUUAGAUGAUUCGAUAAAUGAAAUAAAGCAAGUAAAUCAUUUUAAAAUAUUUAUUGAUAAAAUACAUACUAUUUUUCAUCAAUCUAAUAAGAACAAAAUGGAACUUACCAAAAUAUCUGAACAACUUGGAAACGAAAUUACACAGAUUGGUAGAGUUUUGGGACCAAGUUGGGUUGCCUGUAGUUUAAGGUCAACCCUAGCUGUGUGGCAUGCUUAUCCGGUGCUACAUCAUUUUUUUCAUUCAAAGGAAAAGUACUUCGGUAUGGCUGCCCGUCUUGAAAAUAGAUAUUUUCUGACUGAUUUGGCAUUGAUGAUUGACAUUCUAAAUGAAAUUUCCCUACUUUCAAAUGCACUACAAGCACGAAAUACAGACAUAAUAAAGGCUGACAUACUCAUGACAAGAUCUAUUAAAGCAUUUCAAAUGCUUGGAAAGGAAAAGGGUCCAUAUGAAAAAAAAGUAGAUGAAUUAAUUUCUUCAGAAACAUUCAAAAAUAUAAAAUUUGUAGAAAAUCAGCAAUUUGUCGGGCUUCCUCGGGAAACACUUUUAGAAAACAUUGUAAUGAAUUUGGAAAAAAGAUUAAUGGAUUGUGAACAUUUAAAAGCAAUUUGUGGCCAAUUUCAAGACAGUAAUAUAUUACAAAUUCUCAAAUAUUUGAACCCAGAUUAUUGGAAUAUUGAAGAAGUAGACGUUCCAUGGAGACCAGCUGAAGAUAAAUUGUUUGUAUUUAAUGACAUUUUUAAUUACAAAAUUGAUAUGAAUGAUUAUCGAGAUUUCUUGGAAAAUGUUCUAAAAAAUUCCCAGAAAUAUAAAAUUCCUGAAAGUGUUCAAAGAGCUAAAAAUAUUGUCAGAACAAUUGCGGUCAAUUCUGCAGAAGUGGAAAGUGCUUUUUCAAAGUUGAACAUAAUAUGUUCAGGAAAGAGAAGUCGCCUAACUGUUCCUAAUACAUCAAACACAAUGACUAUUAGUCUAAUUGGCCCACCUCCAAAGGAAUGGGAUCCUACUCCUACAGUGAAAAAAUGGUUAAGGAUAAAUCACUCAGCUGACGAUGCUCGGAUAAAAGGGAAGAAAAGGGACCUCAAUCAAGAAGCAAUAUAAAAAUAUCUUAGUUUUAUUUUUUGUCAGAUAUUAUUUAAUAUUUUUUA